CUCACAUCUUCAGUGAAAACAGUGGCAGGGCUGGUUCUUUGAAUGUUUCCUGAAAAAUGGGUGGCUUUCAUGUGACCGUUCGAACCUCAGCAUUCCCUGUCUCAGGAACGUAUAGCAGUGUUUGGAUUUCUUUGAUUGGUUCUCUGUGCGAAAGUCCUCCAAUCAAAGUGGAACACCGUCUCCUUCCCGGAUCGGCCUGUACAGUUGUCAUAAUGCCAGAAGAGGAAGUUGGCAUUUUGGUUUUGGUGAAACUCCGCCUUGAGGCUAAGCCUGGGUUUCCAGACUUGGAUUGGCACUGCCAGGAUGUGCAGGUGAAACAGAGUUCCGAAGAUCCAGAGAUGGAGGUUUUUCCCUGCAAUAAAUGGAUCCGAACAGCAGAUGGUCACAUUAUACUUCAUAAUGACAAAGUGUGCUUGAAAAAGGAGGAAACAUUAGAAGUCUUAACCAAUCACAGGGAGAAGGAUCUCCAAUGUAAACAACAAAUUAUCAAAUGGGGUACAUUUGCUGAAGGUAGUCCUCACUGUAUAGCCAUGACCAGCGUGGCUGAUCUAGGACCUAAUUUGAGUUACAUCCGGAAACGCCCAGUUACCAAUGUUCACUACAUUAAGGGAUUUAUUGAGAGAAGAACAUCCUGGAGAAGCCUACAGGAACUGGAGACAGUCUUCCUUUUUAGUGGAAGCGAGAACAUGAUUGCCAAAUAUGUUCAGGCUCACUGGCAGGAGGACGCAUUUUUUGGAUAUCAGUGCCUCAAUGGCUGCAAUCCUCUGUGUGUCAGACAGAUCCACCAUCUGCCACCUAACUUUUCGGUCACUUCAGAAAUGCUGAAAUCUUUUCUGCCAGAGGGCUCAUCGCUGGAUCAAGAGAUGGAGAAAGGACGUGUGUAUCUUCUGGAUUAUGAAGUGCUGGAUCAGCUGCCUGCUAACACCGUCAAUGGCAAACAGACUUAUUUGUCUGCUCCUUUGUGUCUGCUGCAUUACAACCAAGAUGAAGAACUAAAACCUAUUGCUAUACAACUUCAGCAGGUUCCUGGUCCACAGAAUCCUAUUUUCUUGCCGUCUGAUGCCCCACCAGACUGGUUGUUAGCAAAGAUGUGGGUCCGUAAUUCAGAUUUUCAGAUUCAUCAGCUACUUUCGCAUUUCUUUCGGACUCAUCUUUUAGGAGAAGUGUGCUGUACGGCCACGCUCAGGCAGCUGCCAGAGAUUCAUCCUCUAUUUCAGCUCUUAAUGCCUCAUAUCCGCAGCACUCUUCAGAUUAACAUUCAGGCUAGAGCGACACUUCUAGCUGCAAAUGGUGUUUUUGACAAGUCAGUGGCCUGCGGUCUGGAGGCAAUACCACAGCUUUUUACUCGAGCGACCCAGCGUCUCCGCUACAGCUCUCUGUGUGUGCCAGAUGAUGUGAAAGAGCGAGGCCUGGAUGCUCUGCCGGUCUGUUAUUAUGCUCAAGAUGCUCUCAGAGUCUGGGAUGCUUUACACAGGUUUGUUGCAGGCUGGACUCGCUUGUAUUACUGCAGCGAUGAAGACGUCCAGAGUGACUGUGAGCUGCAGAACUGGAUUGGAGAGAUCUUCAGGGAGGGUUUCCUCGGCCUCACUCACUUAGGAGUCCCACAAUCCUUUCAGACGGCAGCUGAAAUGUGCAAGUUUGUUACGAUGGUGAUCUUCUCCUGCUCAGCACUUCAUUCAGCCGUGAACUUCUCUCAGCUGGAUUUUAACCUUUGCAUACCAAACACUCCAGCGACCAUGUCUCGUCCCCCAUCUCAAACCAAAGGCUCAGUGUCCGAGGAGGAUCUUUUGUCCUUUCUACCAGAGGUCAACUCCUCCUGCCACGUCCUUAGCGUCCUGUCUCUUCUGUCACAGCCUGCUAUUGACUUUGUACCCUUGUGCCAUUAUAAUGAGUGGUACUUUCACAGUGGUGCAAUGGCCAAGCUUGUGGAGGACGUCCAGAAAGAGCUGAAGAUUAUAGCGAAAGACAUUGCAGACAGGAACAGCCAGCUGGAGUUGCCCUAUCCUUACAUGUCUCCAGACUACAUCGAGAACAGUGUGACGAUUUGAGUUCAUCGAAUCAUAAAUUGAACAGUAAUAGUGUAAGGCUACUUGUUUACAGAUUGGCAAAUUGGGCCCUGUUUAUUUUAAUUUUAAGAGCAGUGUUUGUCAAUCUGAUCAUAUAUUGAUGCAGCUAAAUACACAUGUAAGUCUGAAA